AUGUUCAAAAGACCAUUUAUUGGCAUUAGUAGUCAUGCCAAUAAAAAACUUGGCAAUUCAAUUACUAUUAUUCCCACAAAAAGAUAUAGUACCACUACAAGUACACCCAAUGAACCAUCUUUACCCGAAUUAUGUAAUAAAUGGGAUGAAAAAGUUACGAAUUUUGAAGUUAAAUUAUUGAAAAAAAAACAAGGAAAUGAUAACAAAGAAACCCCCAAAAAAUAUAUAUUAUCCAUGUUUCCAUAUCCGUCAGGUAUGUUACAUAUUGGACAUUUAAGAGUUUACGCAAUUAGCGAUGCUUUGAACAGAUUUUACAAACUUAAUGGAUUUAAUGUUAUUCAUCCAAUGGGAUGGGAUGCCUUUGGUCUACCUGCUGAAAACGCAGCAAUUGAAAGAAAAAUUGAUCCAAAUACUUGGACUAAAUCAAAUAUCCUUAAAAUGAAAGAGCAAAUGAAAUUAAUGAAGGUUAAUUUUGAUUGGGAUAGGGAAGUUACUACUUGUAAUCCAGAUUAUUAUAAAUUCACACAAUAUAUUUUUUUACAAAUGUUUAAAAAUGGAUUAGCUUAUCGUAAAGAGGCUGAAAUUAAUUGGGAUCCGGUCGACAAGACUGUUUUGGCCAAUGAGCAAGUUGAUUCGCAAGGUAGGUCAUGGAGAUCGGGCGCUAUUGUUGAAAAAAAAUUAUUAAAACAGUGGUUUUUAGGCAUUACUCAAUACGCCCAUGAUUUGCAAGCUGAUUUAAAACUUUUAAAGAAUUGGCCUUCAAAUGUUAAAACUAUGCAAAAAAAUUGGAUUGGUGAAUCUACUGGCACCGAAUUGAAAUUUAAAGUUAACUUGGAAAUAAAUGAUAAUGUUCAAAAACUUGACGAUUACAUAACGGCAUUUACCACGAGGGUUGAUACUUUAUUUAGUGUUCAAUAUUUGGCAUUGGCUUUGAAUCAUCCAAUUGUCAAACAUCUUGCUACGAAAGAUCAAAAAUUGGUUGAAUUUAUUAAAACUGCAGAAAAAUUGGGCCCACAAAAUGAUUCAAAAAUGGGUUACAAACUUAGAGGUCUAAAUGUUUAUCAUCCAUUGGUAUCCAAUAAAAAAAUACCGGUAUAUGUAGCACCAUAUGUCAUUGGUAGUUAUGGUUACGGUGCAGUUAUGGGAUGUCCAGGCCAUGACGAGCGUGACUAUGCAUUUUGGGUCAAGGCUAACGAAGAUACACACAAUAAUCCUGUUAAAAUAAUUAAAACUAUUAAACCUUUGAAUGAUGACUGUGAAUGGACCACACCAUAUACCUCUAAAUCAGGUAAAUUGAUAAUUCCAAAUGAAAUUCUUGGGUAUGAAUUUUUUAAUGGGUUGACUGUAAAAGAAGCCCAAAUUGCUAUUACUGAGAAACUGGAGAAAUUAGGUCUAGGAAAAUUUACCACCCAAUUCAAAAUUAGAGAUUGGUUAAUUUCUCGACAACGUUAUUGGGGAACACCAAUUCCUAUUAUCCACUGCAACAACUGUGGUCCAGUGGCCGUUCCUGAAAAAGAUUUGCCUGUCAUGUUGCCAAAGGUUACUUCGCUAGCUUCAAAGGGCAAUCCAUUAACUUUUGUUGAUCAGUUUGUUAAUGUUAAAUGUCCGAAUUGUGGUCAUGAUGCUAAAAGAGAGACGGAUACUAUGGACACGUUUAUGGACAGCUCAUGGUACUUUUUCAGAUAUAUUGAUCCGCACAAUGAAAAGUUGCCCUUCGAUCCAGAAAUGGCACGCAAAUUACUGCCCGUAGAUAUGUACAUUGGUGGGGUGGAACAUGCGAUUUUGCAUUUGUUAUAUUCAAGGUUCAUGUCCAAAUUUUUGACUAAAAUUGGUAUGUGGCCAAAUGGCGGUGAUUUUAAUGGAGAGCCUUUUCAAAAGUUAGUUACGCAAGGUAUGGUUCACGGUAUGACAUAUAUCAAUCCAGAAAAUAAAAGAUUUUUGAAGCCUGAUGAAUUGGAUUUCUCCAAGAACCCAAAUAACCCAAUUAUAAAGUCAAAUGGUAAAAACCCCUUGAUUUCGUAUGAAAAAAUGUCCAAAUCGAAAUACAAUGGCGCUGAUCCUAAAGAAUGUAUUGCAAAACAUGGUUCAGAUGCUACAAGGGCACAUAUUCUGUUCCAAGCACCAAUAAGUGAUAUUUUGAAUUGGGACGAAUCAAAGAUAAUUGGCGUGGAGCGUUGGUUGCAACGUAUUUUAAAAUUAUGCAAUAGUUCCAUAUCAAGUUCGGUUAAAUAUGAUAAUCAAAUGGCUGUUUUGAAAAGUUCCAAAUCGCUACAUAAUGAUGAAGAAGUUAAAUUCUAUAAUACAUUACAAAAGUUGCUAAAGAGUAUUACUAUAGCUUUUACGGACACAUUGUCUUUAAAUACUGUUAUAUCAGAUUAUAUGAAAUUGACUAAUCUGCUCUAUGAUAAUGUGAAUAACGCCUCCAUUGAUAAUCAAUUAAAACUAAAUGCUUUGGUCAAGUUGAUUAAUGUUAUAUAUCCCAUAACACCGUGUGUUAGCGAAGAAGCUGCUGCUAUUAUAGUUAAGAACCAAAAUUGGAAUGAAGAGUUAAGUAGAUAUUGGCCGGAUGUGGAACCAAUCAAACAACCAAAUACUGUCUCUUAUAAUGUUGUGAUUAAUGGGAAAAUGAGGUUUAUAUAUUGUGGAUCCAAGGAUUUUAUUGAAUUGCAUGAAGGUGAAAUUAUUAAAAUACUAACCGAGUUACCGGGAGGGAUAAAAUAUUUGAAAGGUAAGGACAUUAUGAAAGUCAUUGUUAAGAAAAAAGUAAUAAGUUUUGUUUUAAAAUAG